GCGGGAAGAGAAUCCUUGUUCCCUCCAACUUUCUCUUUCUAUCACACUCGCUGGAUCACGUUCGAAAAUCCAAAAGCAAAAAGAAAAAAACCCAAAUCUUUGAAUCUCUCAAAAACCCUAAAGUCCUAAAUUGAGAGAUUCUAUGGACGAUUCAGAUGAGAAGAAAGGGCCGGAGGUGGCGAUAGUCAAUGGCACCGACCGCCCGGAAGGGAGGAGUGUCCGCCGGAGAUUGGUCCAGUCAACAUUGUUCCCGCAAAAAUCACCAGAAAUUGAACCGAAGGUUGAUCAGAAGGCUAAGGAAGGUGAGGAUGAUGAUAAAGACGGCGAAGAUGAAGACUUCUGCGGCAGUCAGGGAAAGAAGGGAAGAAGAAGGAAAGGGAAAAUGACUCCUCAGAAUCGAGCUUCUAAAAAGGCAAAGAGCAAAUCGCCCGUGAAGACUACACCGAAGAAGAAUGGGAUGAACAAUUUGAUGGAGAGCGAAGAUAUAUUAACGCCACAAAUCCCUAAUUUAAGAUUGGAGGCAAAAUUGACAGCUGAGGAAAAUUCACAAAUGUUUGCAGGAAGGCAAAUUCAUCCAUUUUUCACAUCAUGGAAAGCAGGAAAGAGAAGCCAGGAGACUGCUGAAGUAGGGAAAGAUGGCACCUUGCUUGACUUAAGUAACGAACGCAUUAACAUUGGUCCUAUUCAUGUAUUUGAAAGAACUCAGGAUGAUCUAGUUCUUGAUUGGAAAGAUUGGUCAUUUUUUGAGAAAACCUCCUUUGACACUUUUUGCAAUCCUGAAGGCCUAUUUAAAUCAGUUUUUGAAAGUUAUGUCGAGGCAUUGUGUAUUGACAACUUUCCUGAUGUUUCACAUUUCUCUAAUGCAUCAUUUGUUCAAAGCAAGCUGUCAGAUCAGUGCAUUAUCGAAGAUAAUGACUUACUGGGAAAACCACCUGCAAUACCUGCUGUAAUAGUAGAUGAGCAAUUGGAAAGCUAUCAGCUGUUGAAGAGCUCAGAAUGGGUUGAUAAUGUAGAAAAUUCAGAGCUUGAACAAAGUAGACUUCUUCAAGAAAGAAUGGUUCCAUGUUAUCAUGAUUGCAGUAUCCUGCCUGAAUCUGAUAAUAGCUUAUGGACUGAUAAGUACCAGCCAAAAAGUGCCACAGAGGUUUGUGGUAAUAUUGAAUCAGUGAAGUUUAUGAGUGACUGGUUGUUUUUGUGGCGUAAGAGAAGUUUUCGAGCCAUCAAAGCCUCUAAUAACAUUGAUAAACAAAGCUUUCAAGAAGAUUCUGAUGAUGAUUUUUGUGCAAGUGGUUCUGAUUCAGAAAACAUGGAUGAAGAGGAUAGCCUGAAGAAUGUUCUCUUAGUUACUGGACCAAUUGGGAGUGGGAAGUCUGCAGCUAUCCAUGCUUGUGCGGAGGAACAAGGAUUUAAAAUUCUGGAGUCCAAUGCAUCAGACUGUCGAAAUGGGGCUGUGGUGAAGCAAAAAUUUGGAGAGGCUUUAGAAUCACAUUUCCUUACAGGGUCAAUAGAAAAUCUUGUAGAUUCACCUAGCAAGCAUGUGAUGAAAUCUGCAGGACCUUUAUCUAAAGGUGAAGCAGUGAAAGAAUUUGAUAAGGAGGUGGAAUUUAUACCAAUAUCAGAUGAGGAAGAUUCAUCAGGGCCUCAUGGUGCAUCUGGAAAACAUGUCUGUAAUGAUCGUGAAACCGGAUUUGGUCAAGAUAAAGUUGGGUCUUUGAUUCUCUUUGAGGAUGUGGAUAUCAGUUUUCCUGAAGAUCGUGGUUUUCUUGCUGCUAUACAAAAAAUUGCUGAAAAAGCAAGAGGGCCUGUGAUACUGACUAGUAAUAGUAACAAUCUUGUUCUGCCAGACAACUUGGACAGGCUAGAGUUAUGUUUCACCAUGCCAUCACGAGAAGAGCUGCUUAACCAUCUUAAUAUGGUCUGUGCAGCUGAGAAAGCCAUCAUUCAACCGUAUUUACUAGAGCAAUUAAUUAAAUGUUGUCAGGGUGAUAUCCGGAAAACCAUUAUGCAUCUCCAAUUUUGGUGCCAGAGCAAAAAAUAUCAAAAAGGUGGCAAAUCGCAGAAGACUUAUGGGUUACUGCUAUUUGAUAUAGAAGCUGGUCAUUUGGUAUUACCAACUGUAAUCCCUUGGGGCUUCCCAUCUCAGUUAUCAGAGUUAGUUGAGAAGGAAAUUGCUGAGAAAUUGUCUCUGAUGGGAGAAAAUCCAACUUUAAUGGAGGUGAUGGAGGAAGAACUUGAACAUAACAACAUGGCAAAUGGGUUGGAGAUGCAUAAUAAUGAAAUAGACAGUAUAGAGGCAAAGAAGGAAGUAAUGUCACACCGGAAUUUCUCUAUUCAUGAUUGCUAUGAAUCGAUAAACCCUUCUUAUACUUCACAUGACUUUUACAAUUCCUCAGGCACCCCGGUUUCUUUCUCUCGGAGAACAAGUAGGAGGAAACUUGAUGUUGUUUUGUCUUCUGAUUCUGAAGAUGAGGACUUCAAUAAACACCGUUCUUUAGUUUCAGACUCGAAUGUCAACCGUGAAUUAUUCAUCGAAGAAGAUUAUGUACACCUUUCCCAUUGUCCCAACAGGCCAUUAACAGAUGAGCUACUUAAUUCUGAAGUAGAUAAAUGUGAGGGAAGGGGUUUCCAAUACUCAGAAACUGAAAAUAAUUUAAAAAUGGAAACAUGUGAAUCUUUGGAUGUAUCAUAUGUUCCUGAGACUGAAAUUGUUAAUGGAAUGGAGCUCUCUUCUAGAACUCUGUCUUGUGCUAAUGUUUCUGAAACAACAGAAGUUUCAGUUAGUUGCGAGUUUGGAGAAGGCCUGUUGCCAGCUGAAGCAAAUGACCCCGGUAAAUUUAUGCAUAUGUUGAUUAAAACUUCAGAUAUUUCAGUUGGCACAUGCAAUAUAAUAGCAGAAGCAUCUCAUGAAGAGGUGGUGGAGAAUUCGCAAAAUCAGUAUGAGGCUGUAUCAAGUGGGCUUGAACUAAUGGAUGAAUGCAGUCGCAUGAAUUUCAACAAAAAAUCUUUUUCCAUGGGGAAAUUUAGAAACCAGGUGGCCACUGAUUUAGUACAAGAAUCAUGGAAAAAACUUCGUAACAAUCAUGCUGAUCUAAAACAGUAUGUUGACUCAGAGCCAAAAGAUGCUCUGAAUAUCUUAAAGCUUACUUCUAGAAUGAGUGACCUAAUUUCACAAGCUGACCAAUUACUUUCCAAGUGCCAGAUGCAAGAUUCUUUGGAGAUGUUAAUGAUCCCUUCCGAGAAUUCAGAUGCAUUUGUCUGGCGUGACGAGCAGCUGCAGAUGGCAAACACAAUUUCACAACAUGGAUUUUGCUUGUAUGCUAAAGAAAUUGAUACUUUAAGAUUGAAAAUGGGUUUUGAGCAUAGGGUGGAUUUGAGCCAAGAGAUUCUGUCUUCCUCAACUAGCACAAUGGCACUUGGUAGAUUGCUUAGACAUGAUGCUAGUGCAAGCAGGACUUCAGUUGAUGGAAAGGGUUUGGACAUGACCCCAUCAAAACAUGAGCUGGCAGUGAAAAGGGAUGUGAAGUCAUGUUUAUUCGACAUCAUUAGCUCCAUGGUGCCAUCAAGAUUUUGCUUGGCGCUGAAGGGUGAUGCAUUUCAUGAAUAUGUUUCUUCCUUGGGGUAUAUAUCAAAAUCAGAAGCUUCCCGCUUAUCAGUAGGCACAAGCUUGACUAAAAGAUGCAGGACACGACGAUCUCGGCAUUACUUGAGUACUGGUGUACUAAUGUUAUCUCCUGAAGACAUUUCAUUGUUGGAACAAUAUAACUUCAAUGGGAAGUUAUCAUCCAACAACUGAUGCUAGUUUCAGAAAACCAUGAUUGAGAAAAAAUAACAAAAUAGGCACAGUAAGCUUGUAAACCACACAAUGCCCGAGGGGGGAGAGUCAAAAACCCAGCUGCCGAGAAAAACAGAAUGCCAUUCAGCAGAUAUUAAGUGUUGAAUGGUAGUAUUGAAAAGGAAUGUCUGCAACAGAUGUCAUUUUGGCCCAUAAUUCCUAACAUGCUCAACAUGGUACUAGAGGUAAAGUAGAUAUAUUUUAAUCUUGAAUGCGAUUCCAUCCGUUCUCCUCAUUGUUAAGCAUAUAGAUAUAGUAAUAACAGUUCUGUAGUGAUAUUACUGAUAAUAAUAAUAAACAUCAAGUCAUAUUUAAAUAAGAUAUAUAAUGCAGUUUUUUUUCCCCUUCAA